AAAUAGUCACGCUCACGUGUCUUGCGCUGACGUUUUAUCUAAUGUCAGUAUCUGAUAUUUUAUAUGAUUACUGAGAAACAUGUAACGUAAAUUGUUAUUAAGUAAUUUAUAACUGUAAAAUAUUCGGUUCAUAUCCAAAAUUAACCGUAAAAUACAUCAUAUACGAUGUAUUAUAUACAUACAAAUAAUUAUGACUAUAAAUUCACCUUGGUCACUUUUUUAUUUUAAACAAUAUCUUUAUUAAUAGUAAUAGUAGUCAACAUCCAUAUGUAUGUAUAAUUCCUUAAGCAAUUAUAUAAUCGUAUAAAGGUAUUAAAACCAUUAUAACAUUUCACAUUUUAAAAAUCAUGUUAAAGCUCAAUCGAUUACAUGUAAAAUCUGAAUAUUUAUCACUUCCUAUGAUUUUGGAUUCAAUGCACAUAAGAAGAUUUAAACACCAACAUAAUAUAAAGGAAUGGUAUAAAAUAUUGGAGGUUCCUGAGGAUUGUAAGGAUGAAACUCUGAAAUUAGCAUUUAUUACUUUAGCCAAACGGUUUCAUCCAGAUAGUGGUACAUCAGAAGCUAGCGCAUCCAAAUUUUCUGAGAUUGAAAACGCUUAUAGACAAAUUCGAAAAACAAGAAUAGAUCAAAAAGAAAAAAAUGAAAAUUUACCUGAGGUUGAAGAAUUUGAUAUUAGACAUACUGCUCCACAGCAUCGUCACUAUUUAACAUAUAAUGUAGGAACUGGAACAUUUAGUAAACGACAGAAAUUGUAUACAGCACAUAGGGCUCAAAAAGCAGUUGAAAAUGUAAUAGAGCACAGACUUAAAAAAUUGCAAGCUGAGGAACGUAAUACACUGGUUGGAAAGGAUAAAGAACGUGCAAAAGAUAUCAAAACACGCUUCGGAAUGGAUCGUUUGGUGGAAGAUUUAAUACAAGAUGCAAUGAAGAAAGGUGAAUUUAAUGAUUUACCAGGCACGGGUAAACCUCUUAAAGAAAAUGCAAAUAUGCGAAAUCCAUAUGUUGAUUUUGUAACAUAUAAAUUAAAUGAGGUGUUAAUAGAAAAUGGAUUUACUCCCGAAUGGAUACAAUUAUCUAAAGAAAUCAGAGAAGAAACUGAAAAUUUACGGAAACAGUUAAAAGAAAGACGCAACGAAGUAGGUCCUCUUCCAUUGAGUUCUGCGGAUGAAGCAACUUGGGAAAACAUUAUAAAAGAUUUUUCGUUAGUGACGAAACGUGUAAAUAAAAAAAUUGAUAAAUACAAUUUAUUAGUACCUAUACUUCAAAAACAAAUGCUCCAUAUUAAAUUAGAAGAUCUAGCAAAUGAAGCACUUUCUAUGGUACCAAAGAAAAAAACCAAAAAAUAUUCAAAUUGUAAAAAUGUGAAUCCGAAUUAUAGUACUGAAGACUAUAGUGGAGAUAUACUUGGAGAUUUAACAUCAUUUUUAAUAAAAACAUUUCAUAAAAAAUAAAAUUCAACAAUUACUUUUUUCUAAAGUUAUAGAUAAUUGUAUAUAAAAAGUUAAUAAUAAACAACCAGAGAUAAAAAUAUAUCGUUUAUCAGACAAAAAGUAAU